GGUCUUCUUUCAUGCGCGCGCAUGUUGGAAUGGGAAUAAGGAAGUAAACAAUGUCCACAGAGGGACAAGUUGUUAGUGUUUUUAGGGGACAAAACAAAGUUUAUGUAGUGCAGUGGCAGUAGUGGAUCAAAAUUCAGGUCGCCUGCCCGAAACAACAUACAACAACGCAGUGUCUUUCGUUAUUUUGUCUCUAGUGAAAUAAUAAAGGCACGACUUUGCAUUAGCUGAAUAAACCACGACAGGAGCGGAUGCAGUCUCUGAUAGUCUCAGUAUAGUUUGCUGCUUUUCAUCCUCAUCAUCAUCCUCAAGUGCCAACAAACCUAUACAUCAUGAUUGCGACACGUAACAACACUGCCAGUGCUGCUCCCAACAAUAAAGUGAAAUACUCCAGAUUGGCAGAUAGUGAUGAAGGCUACAUUGAUCUACAGUUCAAGAAAACCCCACCUAAAGUACCCUACAAGGCCAUUGCCCUGGCAACAUUCUUAUUUCUGAUUGGCUCUGUAUUGAUAAUUAUUGGAUCACUUCUUUUGGCGGGAUACAUUAAUGUCACGCACCCAGAUCGCACAAUUCCAGUCCUCAUCAUCGGCGUACUGAUCUUUCUUCCUGGAUUCUAUCAUUUGCGGAUCGCUUAUUAUGCUUCCAAGGGUUACCGUGGUUAUUCUUACGAUGACAUCCCAGACUUUGACAACUAAACGGAUCUAGUCGUAGUACUAGCUGUUACUUCUGUGUGUUUUUCUGCUGCUGUUAUGCAUGAUUUGCCUUCAGACAUUCAUUCUCCGUUUACUAUAAGUCUCUUUAGGAGAGAAACCGUGGCACACAGUGGCUUGGCUGAGCUUUAUUAAGCUGAAUACCUUUAUUUUACCAAAAGAAAAAUGAAGUGCAAUAUUAAGAGUAUUUAUUUAGCUAAAUACGUAAAAAAGCCAACAAGAAAUAUGCUGAUAUUUUUGCUAGCUUUUGUACAACUGUUUAAAAUAUAAUUUUCAAAACUAUAAAUGUAUGUUUCCUGUAAUGGAGAAUCUGUUAUUUACUGUAUACACUAUCAGUGAAACAUUUGGACACAAUUUAUUUUUUAAUUUUAUAUAAAAAUGUACACUUUUUCUUUUUUUUUAACAUGGAUAAAUUAACCUGGGAAGUGAAGAAAUGUAUUUAAAAAAAAGCAUCAAAUAGACAUGUGACCCUCUUCACAAUGUAAAACAGUGUAGUAGCUGCAAUAAUUAAACAUAAUUAUGAUUUGUUUCUCUUUUUUUGUGUAGUUUUAACUGUAUGCCAUUAUUUUAAAAUGUGGAUAAUUGUAAAAAUAAAGACUGAGGUCAUGUGUCCAAGGUUUUACUGGUAGUGUAGUUAAGUUGUUGUGGCAGUAUUGUUUUGUGGAAUAAACUGGUUUUAUUCAGACA